AUGCCGCCGGAGCGGACUGCCACCAGUUCUGUCGCCACCUGCUGGCUCCUCGAGGCUGAGAACUCUGAUCCCUACAUUGAUGUGAACGCGGAAUUCCACCCUCUGACAGUCCGAUUCCUCACCCGGAGGUUUAUUGGUGAAUACGGGGAUAUUGAAUCCGUUUACACGCACAACGUGAUGGUCGGAGGCAGAGACGUUUGCUUCAGCAUCUGGGACUCCACCUGCCCCCAGGCUGCCGAGCUCCAGGGCUGGGUGAGCGAGAAGCAGCUGCGCUGGGCGGACGGCUUCGUCGUGGUCUACAGCAUCUGCGACCGCUCCAGUUUCCACCUGGCCCGCCAGCAGCUCCAGCGCAUCCGGCAGCUGAAGAGACGGGGCAGUUCCGAGAAAGCGCCCGUCAUCCUGGUGGGCAACAAGCGGGACCUGCAGCACCGGCGGGCCGUCUCCAGCGAGGAAGGACGGCUCCUGGCCCUCUCCACGAACUCGGGCUUCUUCGAGAUCUCGGCCGCCGAGACGUACCACGGCGCCCUGGUGGUCUUCCACGAGCUCCUCGACCUGGUGCGGGACUCCAGGAGCUCCGGCAAGAAGGCCGUGGGCAUCCGUGGCAUCGUCCGCACCAUGUCGGCUGUCUUUGGGAGGAGGAGGACGGAGUAAGCGAGGAGGGGCCCCGCGAAGAGAGCUCAGAUCCUGGGGACAACGGAACGUAGCCGGAACCACGCGCCAGUGGCUUGGGUGUCACCGGUUCCUCGGCGUGGCAUGAAGCGUGGCACCGGAUGAGCCCCUUGGCGAGGGUCCAUGGCGAGAGCCAUGGGGAAGCAGUUCUGUGUGUGUGCCGCCGGCCUUCUCUGGUGGGAGCUCUGGCUGGGGGUCUGCGAUAUAAUCGGGGUGGUAAUUACAUUCCGCCUCCCUACCUGUGCCCGCUGGCAGUUUCCGCUGGAGGAACGAUUCUCCACCUGCCCCUUCCUAAAAAUUGUGACCGUGUGGCUGUUAAAGAGCUGCUGCGCUCUGCCCCAGAGGUGGGUGCAUUUCACGGGGUGGGUGAACGAGCGAUGUUUACAGUGAACCAGGUUUGUCGAGUGGACAUUGGGUGCCCAGUUCUCCCCUGACACCUGUGCAGAGUGGGCGUGUAACACUAGCAACCCUGAAUGGCAGCAUUUUACGGGCACUUUGACUCCAGAGGGCCAAAACCCCUGCUGGAGGAAACUUGCACUGCUCCAUGGAAGUGCACCAGAUUUGGAACACAAGGCAGCAGAGAAGCUGUCACCCAGAUCCCAUAUUUGGAUGAUACGGUCAGUAUAUGGGACCUGAGCCUGAAUUCAGGCUCAGCUCCUGUCGAGAGUUGGAUACCACAGUGAGGGGCAACCUAUAAAACCUUUGCUUGAGGUCCAAGCAUUGGGCCCUCUUAACCAAAGGCACGACUGUCUGCAGCAACCUAAAAGCCUGAAGCACAAAGUUUACGUACUUUUAAGGGGCCCAUGUUUGAAAACUCGGCUCUAAACCCUCGGGUAGUAGAGAGAAGAUUACAAUUGUGGUGGCGAAAUAAUGGGGCUUACUGAAGUUUGAGUCGCUUGCACUGGGCUGCAUUGGUUUUUCUGCUGGGUUUCCAAAUUACUUUUAGCAGGAAAAGUAAUCGGGCCAGGUUCUGAUCUCAGUUAUGCUGGUCUGAACCCACGGACUUUAACAGAGUCACUCUGGAGUUACACUUGCUGUAACUGAGAGCAGAAUCGAACACACUGCGUGACUCGUCAGCUACACCAGUGUCAAUCCACAGUCACUCCAUUAGUCAGUGGAGUGACUCUGAAUUUAUUUCAGUGUAACUGACGGAGGCAGUUAUUGCGCCCGGUGGCAUUUGUCAUUGCAUGCAGCGAAGGCUAGUGACAGAAGUAAGGCUCAGGACUCUGGGGUUCAACUCCUGGCUCUGCUACUGAUUUCGCCGUGCGACUUUGGGCAAAUCACGUCCCGCCCUGUGCCUCAGUUUCUUCAUCUGUAAGAUGGGGAUAAUAAUGCCUACCUCACCGUUUGUGUGGUGUGAGGCUUCAUUAGUUGCAAAGUGUAAACUAUUAUUGAUUUUUUUUUUCCAAAGCCAAAUUCUCAACCUAGAAUAUUAGAAACACAGAGCUGCUGAGAGAUAGGGCUUUCACUGUUUAAGGCAGGGUCAUUUGAAAUGCCACCUGUCCCAGGGUGAGUGGGGAAAAUGUUAUAGUCUCCAGCAGCUGGAAUACAAAUUCUCCCAAAUGAAAUGUGAACUGUUGUAUAUUUGUGAAUAACAUAAAUAUUUAACUUAUUGGAGCGAAUGUUUACAUCCGGAAUUUUUUUUUUCCCGGUUAAAAUAUUCUACUUGCACAUUAGAAAAAAUAAAUGAUGGUGAAAAAAUGUUAUUUUU